CUUCAGAUUUAAAUUGUUGGAUUAAUAAUUCCAUCUAAUGUACUUACGGUGAACUCUUAGCAACUCACGUAAAACUUAAACAUCGUGAUUUGGUAUAGUGAGUCGUAGUAGUUCCCCAAAGCUUGUGCAGAUGUCGCCACUUCGAACAAAGUAUUGAUUUUCUCCAAGUGGUGCUUUCGUUACAUGCCGGGAAAUCAAUAUGUAGCUUCUGGAAAAAUCAGAUUCCUCACAACGCAAUAACCGUAUCGAGAGCACUUGUAAUCCUUAAUAUCGUUCAAUAACAGUACGCGAUUAUAUUUUCGUAGAGUGAAUUAUAAACAUACCUCGUGACCUUUUGUGUAUUACGGCAAUGAUUAUAAAAAAAUAAUCAAGAUUUUCGAAGCAGUGUUAACAGUUUUGCUUGAUUGUUUUUUUGCUGAAAUAUUAUGCGUUCUCUUGCCGCUGUACAUGGGGUAGAUCCCUUGCCGGAAUUGCGCAUUCCACGGGGGGUACAACAAUUAGGAGGUCUAGACGCCGAUAUGGCCGGCGCUCAUGAUACAAUAUAUCUAUGCAACUUUCGCGUUUCCGUGGACGGAGAGUGGCUUUGUUUAAAAGAACUGCACGACAUGGAGAUGCAAGAUUCUUACAUCCAUCCAACAGACAACGGUGCGAUUACUUCUCCUGACGAUCCUAUGCAUUGCUUGAUGGCUCGCGAUCCCGUUGUCAUUGAGCGCAGUAAUCUCGUGAAUAUCUCGAAACUUAUAGUGAAGGAACUAAUCGAACAGUCGCUUCGUUUCGGCCGAAUGCUCGACAGUGAUCACUUGCCGUUGCAUCACUUCUUUAUUGUCCUCGAACAUGUCAUGCGUCAUGGACUCAAACCGAAAAAGGGACUCCUCGGACCUAAAAAGGAGCUAUGGGAUAUUCUUCAAAUGGUUGAGAAGUAUUCGCCUGAGGCAGCCGAUAUCACGGCCAGUGUCAGAGAUCUUCCAACUGUGAAGACAGCAAUGGGCCGCGCUCGGGCUUGGUUGCGAUUGGCGUUAAUGCAAAAACGACUCGCAGAUUACUUGAGAAUCCUCCUUGAGCAUCGUGAAGAUACUUUGGAGGAAUAUUUCGAACCCCACGCGCUGAUGCUGAACGAGGAAGCUGUAAUUAUCACCGGUUUGCUGGUCGGUCUCAAUGUUGUCGACUGCAAUUUGUGUGUUAAGGAAGAAGACUUAGAUAGUCAACAAGGUGUCAUAGAUUUCUCUUUGUAUUUACGGGGCAGUAACUCUUCCAACGACAUAGCAGGAAAUGAGAACAACACAAACAAUGAACCUAAACAACGCCACAUCAACACCAUGCUCGAUCAGAAAAACUAUAUUGAAGAACUAAACCGACAUCUGAACGCCACCGUAGCAAAUCUCCAGGCGAAAGUCGAAAGCCUGACCACGACCAAUGCGUUGAUGAAGGAAGACCUUGCAAUCGCAAAGAACACAAUGAUUCAGCUAGUCGAAGAAAACAAUCAACUGAAACACGCUUUAGGUCAAGAUAUAACCAAAGAUUCGAGAAUGAAAAUCACGGAACUGCAAGCAGAUGAAGAGGAAAAACGAAGCGUUAAAAGUGUAACUUCUGAUAGAUCUAAGAGUGAUAAGGAUAGCGAGAUGUCAAAGGCGUUAGAGGAAGAAAGGAAGAAGUAUUUAGAAAUGCAAAAGGAACUUGAUUUGCAGAUUUCAUUGAAGGCAGAAAUGGAGGUAGCCAUGAAAUUAUUAGAAAAAGAUAUACACGACAAACAAGACACUAUUAUAUCUCUGAGGAGGCAGCUUGACGAUAUAAAGCUUAUCAAUUUAGAAAUGUACAAAAAAUUACAGGAAUGCGAGACGGAGCUGACGCAGAAAGGCGAAAUGGUAUCAAGGCUUCAAGCGAAGGCCGAACAAAUCGGCAAAAUACUCCACAACAUUGAGAAAUACAACCACUUCCUAGGAUCCGAUCACGAUCUAGUUAAAGCCCUAAGAUCUCCCACUACUAACGAAACGAAUAUAGGAGAGAAGCUCGAAAAACUCAAAGCUCAUUGUAGUUCCUCUCACAAGGGUACAAAGUCCAAGGACGAGGGUCCUCCAAAUAAGAAACUGAAUCUUCAGGAAAUACCACCGUUUAGGAAAAGUAGUAGUCACGAUAGAAGUGUCGCUCGACCAGGUGAAUGAAGCGAUACUAACAAAGCGCUGUUAUUUAAUAUUAUGUAAAUACUUAGUAUGAACAGGUGGUAUUUCCUCUUUAUUAUAUAAAUACGUGAAUCACAAAAGCAUGUUUAUCUAAAAUCGUAUUCAUAAUUAAAAACUACAAGAAUCUCUUUGGUAAAUUAUAUAGUUAUUAAGUCGCUGCGUUAGCCUAGCCGAUAAUUUUCGUAUUAUUAUGUACUGUUUUAUUACUUUAUUAACAUAUUUGGUAUCUACUUAUAUAAUAUUUAACACGCUUCCUGACUAACAUCCAAACUGACUAACGAAUAACAUAAUUUUUUUUGAGCUAAAUUAUAUUGAUAUUGUUUUAGGAAUGUGAAAUUUCCUUGAAACAUAAAACAGAGUUAAUAGCCAAAUUGGAAGCAAAGACUGAAUCAAUGGGCAGCACCAUACAUCAACUCGAUGAAAAGUAGGUUGUGCCAUUUUUAUUAUGAUAUCGCAUCGAGCAAGUAGCCAGCUCUCCCUAGAGUUUAAAUAUCAUAAAGUAAAGUUUUUUUUCUGUCAAUCUAUGGCCUUAAUUUAGAAUGGUGAAUUAGAACCUAUAAAAAACUAAUAUAUAGCAUCAUUUUCGAUUUUCGUGAGUCUUAGAUAUAACUAAUAAUAGUUAUAUCUAAGACUCAUUAUUAUAUAAGUAAUGUUUUAAUUAAAACUAGGUACGUUUUUCUUUUUAAAAUCGUCCAUUUAUAUCAUAGUGUUAAUAUAUAUUUAACAUUAUAAUAUGAAAUACAGAUUUGCAAUAACACACCCUGUAUAGAAACCUCGUAUCCUGUAUACAAGGUGCAUAAGAAACGUGCCCUAAAACAUACACAAAUGUAGCUAAUUCCUAGCACUAAAACGUUUAAAAAUAACUAUGGAAAAAAGUUUUUUUUUCCUCACACACUUUUCUUAAAUAAAUCCGUACACAGUCAGAUACAUUCGCAUUUCAUUGCUCCUUAAAAAUUUGUGAGUUUACAAGUCAAGAUAAAAAAACAAAUCUAGCUCUAAAUCAUUUUCCGUAUAUUUUUGGGCAGUAGUUUGGUUUCACAUAGUAGUUUUAUAAAGAGGAUUAUUUAUAAAAUUCUCAAUUAUAGCUAAAACCUAUUACUAUUUCAGUUCAAUUUGUCUGAAACAUUCCAUUUAAUUAGUGUUCUAUUCUAAAAUAUAAUGCACUCCAAUUGACCGAUAACGCUAAUACGCUGUGAUAAUUAAACUCUAGGGUCUAUUGAGUGCCACAAUAACGUAUAAACGCUACGCUAUUGAAUAGUAACGCUUGACAUAUCAAUAAAACGCACUCUUGUUGUGUUAUGCACAGCUUCAAGUAUAGAAGGGCUACUUUAUUCGCUCGACAUUGGCAAACCCUCACAAUGAAUACUGUAAAAGCAUAAAAUGACAUUAUAUAUUUUCUUACGUUUAAAAAUUAGACGGUAACGCUGUUAUAGCUUUAGCUUUAAUGUUGCUAUGUUAACGAAACGAAAAUAUUACUGUAACGUUUUGUUAAAUACACUUAAAAAUAAUUCUGUUUAAAUUUAGUUUUUAAUCAAUUAACACAAAAUUUGUUAUAAAUAAUAAGUUGAGUAAGACAUGUUUAGUUUUUGUUUUAAAUUUAAUAAUAACAUUUACAGACUAAAAAAGACUAUUGUAUCGAGUGAAUCUACAUUAUUUAUAUUGUUAUAAAAAUGAUCUCAGUUUUUUGUUUUCAUUUAUUGUAACACAAUAAUUUAAAAUGUUGAUUUUUUUUUAUUGAUUUACGUUUUAUGUAGUCCUGUGGUUUCAAUUGUGUAGUGAUGUACAUGCCUUAUUUUUUAAUAAUAAAGCAUAUUCAGUUUAA